AUGGAACCAUUAAGUGACCCAGUUAAUGAUAGAUCAGUAAAAACUGUAAGGCCUCCGCCUCAUAAACCUUUAUCAUAAAAUUUAAUGUGGCCAACAAAAAAUGGAAUAACUAAACCUGAUUGGAAAGUAAUAAGAGAUCAUUUAACAAAAGAAGGUAGAAUUGAAAAAGAAGAUUUAUUAAAACUUGUAGCUUAAUGCAAUAAAAUAAUGAGGUCAGAAGGCAAUCUUUUAAGUGUUUAAGAUCCUGUAACUGUUAUUGGAGAUAUUCAUGGAUAAUAUUAUGAUUUAUUAAAAAUUUUAGAAAUAGGUGGAAGUUUAGAUAAUACAAAAUAUUUAUUUUUAGGCGAUUUUGUAGAUCGUGGUUCUUUUUCAAUUGAAGUUCUAAUUUUAUUAUACGCAAUAAAAAUAAAUUUCCCUGAGACAAUUUAUUUUUUAAGGGGAAAUCAUGAAUGUAGAUAAAUGACUUCCUUUUUUAAUUUUAGAGAUGAAUGUAAAUAUAAAUAUGAUUAAGAAAUAUAUGAUUUAUUGAUGGACUCUUUUGAUUUAAUGCCUUUAUCAUGUAUAGUUAAUGGUAAGUUUUUAGCUUUACAUGGAGGAAUAUCUCCUGAAUUGAGAACAAUUGAAGAUAUAAAAAAAAUUGAUAGAUUUAAAGAACCACCCAGAUAAGGUUUAUUUUGUGAUAUAUUAUGGAGUGAUCCAGUAGAUAAUGAUGAUGGUAUAUGUGAAAAUGUAUACAGAUCAAAUGAUGUUAGAGGAUGCAGCUAUUUUUAUGGUAACGAUGCGGUUCGUAGAUUUUUAGAAAAUAAUAAUUUAAUAUCUGUUAUAAGAGCACAUGAAGCAUAAUUAGAUGGAUAUAAAAUGCAUAGAUGGAAUGGAGGAAAUGAUUUUCCUGUUGUAAUAACUAUAUUUUCAGCUCCAAAUUAUUGUGACGUGUAUAAUAAUAAGGGAGCAGUAAUAAAAUUUGAAAAUAAUACUUUGAAUAUAUAAUAAUUUAAUUAUACAUAACAUCCAUAUCUAUUGCCGAAUUUUAUGGAUAUUUUUACUUGGAGUAUUCCUUUUGUAGCUGAAAAAAUUACUGAAAUGCUAUAUGUUAUCAUAAAAUAAGAUGACUCUGCUAAUUCGGAUGAUGAUUUAGAUGUAAAUGAGAUUAAACAAUUGGAAAAUUAUCAAAAGCUUAAUAAAUAAUAAACCGAAGCUGUUAAUACGGAUAAUGAUGGAGUUAAAAAAGCUGAUGUUUUAAGAAAUAAAAUUAAAUUUGUUUCGAAAAUGAUGAAAAUGUAAAAAAUAUUAAGAUAAGAGUCAGAAACUAUUGUUAAACUUAAAGGUUAAUGUCCUGAUAACAAAAUUCCUAAAGGACUUCUUUCUGAUACAAGCACAUUAAAUGAUAGCAGAUAUAAUUAAUGA